AUGGAGGUAGUGCCCGAUGUUGAUGGGCCGGGCGUGGGCGUGGGCGCAGAGAAAGCUGGGCCAGUCGUAGCGGUGGGCUCAGGAGAAGGGUCGUCCGGCCCAACAGGCUUAGGAGGUGUAGUGAAGAGGAGGGGGAGGGGGAGGGGGAGGGGGAGGGGUAGGGGCAGCCUAGGAAGUACGAUCGAUGGGGGCAGACUGGGCCUUCCGUCUGCAAUGUCUGAGACCCUGUUCUUGCCUUCUUGGGGUGACUUGCUGCAGCCACAGCAGGAUAUCGUUAGAAGGAUAGCGUUAUGUUUUCAGGGUCCUCGGUCAGUUUGUAUUAUUUCUGCUACUGGUGUGCUCUCCAGUGUUAUAAUUCGCCAUUUUGGUCCUUCUGGUUCUGUUAGACAAUAUGAUGGUCCCUUUCAGAUUUUGAACUUAACCGGAUCAUAUACAUCAUCUGAAAACGAAACCGGUGAUGUACAUCGCAUAGAUGGCAAGUUAAUGAUCACAUUGGCGAAGCCUAAUGGCGAAGUUUUUGCUGGUGUCGCGAGUACACUGAUUGCGGCCGAACCCAUACAACUCAUUGUUGGCAGUUUUAGGCAAAAUUCCAACGCGGCUGCAGCCAGAAUUCCUCGUGUUCCCAAAUUGGGAGGAGUUCCCGGUGCUCAUAUUUCUAAAAUGACUGAUGGUGAUGAUGAUACCUGCACAGCACCGGCAUCUACAUCCUUGGAAGCAGCCCAUGGAGGAGCCGAUUUGGGAGGAGUUCCCGGUGUUCAUAUUUCUAAAAUGACUGGUGGUGAUGAUGAUACCUGCAGAGCACCUACAUCUACAUCCUUGGAAGCAGUCCAUGGAGGAGCCGAUUUGGGAGGAGUUCCCGGUGUUCAUAUUUCUAAAAUGACUGGUGGUGAUCAUGAUGAUCAAUAG